GGGUCACGUGUAAAAUUAGCCGGAACCUGGGAAGAGGCAAGGGGGAUGGGAGGACGACCGCGGCGGAGGCUCCGCGGGACGGCCGGGGCCGGCCGCCCUCAAAGUCGCCACGGCAGCUCGUUUCGCAUCCGCAGCUAGGAGAUGAGCAGACGAACUGAGCGAAACGUCCGUGGCAUCCAUGUCUCCGGAAGCGGAAGCGUCGACAUCUCGAUGAAAUCUGCGGUCCGAGUUCCCUUCCGGUGGAUCUGCUUCAAAUUUCACAGCACAAGAAACAGAUCAGUGCUCGAAGAAAGAUUGAAGAGAGGGAUAUCUGUGGCCAAGCGUGCACAUAUUCUACACUUUGGAUGGAUUAUUUGCUAUUGAAACACGUGGGGAUGAUGGAACGAGCAGGCAAUGAAGAAAAGAAACAUGCAGACAACUGUACAAGGACUAUCACUGAUCCAUUGUGUAAUGCUGUGACCAGCUGGUUAAACAUGUCUUCGGAGCCUGGAGAUGAGGCAAAGUCAACAUGCUCUUUGUUCUUCCAGCUGUUUGUUCAUUCACCAUGAUCUGAAUCUGAUACUAAACUCAUGGUCCUUCACCCGUGCAGUUCAGUUUGCCACCCACAAUGCAGACAUGACAGCCUCCUAAUCAAGCUCAUCCAACGAUGCCUCUUGGGUUGAGUGGAUUCUGUUGCAGGUCAUCAGGAUCGCACAUGAGAAUGAUUCGUGCUGUCUGCUGGUUGGGCUGUGCAGUUGCUUCAACGUCUUUCCCUAUAUAAAGAGGAAAGCCAGAGCUGGGAAGACACCAUUGCAGAAACUUCACUUCUCUUCCGUCCUCCAGAGAAAACAGGCUUCAUAACUUUCCCUUCCAUUCCAAACAUGGCCUUCCACCUGAGAUCCGCAAGUGUUCCCUCAAGCCCUCGCUCCAACGGAACCAAUGUCGAGGAACACAUCCAGAGCCUGAAGGCAGCUGUCUCUUCUCCCUCUGCCACCAUCGAGACCAUAGUUGAUGGUCUGUCCAAGCUCGGGAACAUCUACAGCUGCAUCGAUGAGCUCGUAUGCUUUCCCAGCAGCCAGCGUCAACAGAGGAAGGCAGUGGAGGAGGAGCUUGAGCGCUCUCUCAUCUUGCUUGACCUCUGCAAUGCCAUGCAAGAGAGCUUCGCAGAGCUCAGGACAAGCCUCCAACAGAUGCAAUUGGGUCUCAAGAGAGGAGACGAUGUGGCUGUUCAGGCCAAGGCUCAGUCUUAUGCCCGUUUGGUCAAGAAGGCAUACAAGCAGCUCAAGAAGAUCAACAUCAAGGUUGUUCUUGACACUGAUAGCUGCAGAGUGGUCAAGCUAUUGUCUGAAGCAAGAGAGAUUGCUCUAUCGAUGCUGGAAUCGACAUUGUACCUCCUAUCAAAGGAGAUCCUGAUCCCGAGUGCAAGCAAGUGGUCUCUUGUGUCCAAGGCAUUCCAGAAGAAGAGAGUUGCAUGCUAGGAGGAGCAGUUGCAGGUCUUGGAGUUGGAGAUUGUUGAUCUUGAGAGCGAACUCCAGAUUGUCUUCAGGAGACUGAUCCAAUGCAGGGUCUCGCUUCUCAACACUCUUAGUCUGUAGAAAGAUCAUACACCAACUCAGGUUCCCUGCGAUUAGCAUCCGCCUUUUAGAGGACUGGCUGAUCAUCAAAACAAUUUUGAUGUAUAUAUGGGACAAAUGUACAGAAAGAUACUGAAUGAAAGAGCAAAGUUUUGAUCUA